AUGCUGGCGCAUGGAACGGAUUCGACUCAGGGUGCCGUCCACCACACCGAUACUGCAGCAGCGGCCGAAUGGCGUGCUCUUUAUGGAACCAGCACUGACAUGAUGAACUCGACUGCGCGCAAGUUCCGUGCCGGUGGCACCGGUGUCUCAUAUAUGAACCCCAUCUUUCACCUUACAGCUGACGACGCCACGAUCCUCUCCAUGGAGCACAACAACCACUGCAAGCUUCUCGGCAUCGCCACCUCCAAGAAGGAGAUCCUCGUCACGUGGACACAGCUGAUGCCGGUGAUAGAGAACAUGGGGAUGCUACAGGGCCCAGAUGAAGACCUGUUUGGCGGCGAGCAGGCCAUUCCAGUAGAUGAGCGGCUGCUCGAGUGGGAUCCAGCGACCAUGUCUAUUUUGAUUGACAAGUUGCCAUAUACUUGCACCGAGUUGUCAUGGGCACCGUGGCAGCAAGGCAUCUACCUCGCAGGGCUCUGCCCAGGGCACGGCAUCCGGCUCUAUCGCUACUCCCACGGGAAUUGGGCACUGGAUGAUUGCAUCCGCUCCUCGGAGAGUGUGAGCUGCACCAUCUCUGCGAACUUUACUGUGGCAUGCGCGUGUAGCGGCGGCCGAGUGGAGCUGUGGGUGAGAGGUUCCACCGUGUCUGGCCGUGCAGUGGCACCUGGGCCGUCACCCGGCUCGAGGGCGGGUGACGGCACGGCGAUAAACGGUGGCGAUGAGGCGAAGGGCACCUCAUGGAUGCUGUGCCGCACCAUCAUGCUUCCCUUCGACGAGGACGACGGCGGCAGCUUCCGCGCACAUGACGGAGGGAGAAGCAGUGGUGCUGGUUCUACCCCCGCGUCCGCAGCUCGACAUCGUCGGCGGGACAUACUCGGCGUUGCCUGGGACGAAUCCGGCGCCCUUCUGGCGGCCGGUGAUCAAGGAGGGUCUGUGUACGUUGUGGCGGCCACCCAAGACAGCACGCGAUUGGACGAUGUGGUAUACCACCAACCGACCUCUGCGUCGUGCGGUCCGUGUAAGCAGGUUGCGUGGUCCCCUUCGUCGGGCCGUAGCUUUUUAUGUCUGGCGAUGGUGUUCACGACGUUUGUUCAACUGGUGCUUUUUCGCCGGCCACGCUUUAUGAACGCGGCCGGUCUGCCUCAUGUAGAACACAGCAUCGACAGCGCUGGCGGUGGGAGAGCGAGAGAGGUGCGGGGCAGCGCAUCGACGAUCGCCGCUAGCCCGCUUCAGGUGCUGGCAACGGUGCAGGUGCCGUGCGGGGAGGUCGCGAGAUUAUCGUGGAACAACACCGGCACGCGCUUCGUCACAACGCAUCUCGACAGUUCCGUGAACAUCUGGGCGGUAGACUUUAGAUACCAGCACUCCUUGAAGGAUGACAGAGCUUACGUGACAGGCAGCCGAGAGGACGCCAAUGCCCUGCAGUACGCUGACAGCCCACGCGCAGAUGGGCACGUGGAAACGAGCGUUCCCGCAGAAGCGGGGGACAGGCGACUCUGCGUUGUUGUGUCCGUACGGCGUACCACCGCAGUGCACCCGUACCACGCCGUGUCGAAGUGA